AUUCUUAUACUAGUAUAUGAUCCAUAUUGUGCAUGGAUGUUGGUGGCAUUUCUCAUCACACUGGCUAGAGUGUGUAGAGCGGUUGAAACAUGAAGCUGUGCCAUUCCGCGGUGUGUACAGUAGCCCGCCAUAUUUUCCUUCUAGUGUUGGUAAGCGCCAACCCCAGCCAGCCGAUCACAGACGAGGCACAGGGUGAGGUGUUUCUUCAGGAGUAUGACGUCGCGGGCGCCCUGGCUCGCCAGAAGAACUCGGAGGCGGCGUGGAGGUACAACACGAACAUCACGAAGGAGACCCAAGAUCUCAUGAUUGAAGAGCAGUUGAAAUAUUCUAACUUUGUUCUCCACUGGGCCAAGAAUGCUUCACAGUAUGCGUGGCAGGAUUUCCAAAACGUCACCACGAGACGACAGUUUUCAAAAAUCACCAACAUAGGAACCGCGGCCAUGGAGGAUGCCGAGAAACAGCAGAAGCUGCAGAAAGUGAUCGCUAGAAUGAAGACGGUGUACAGUACAGGCAGUGUGUGUUUGACGAACUCGGAGUGCCUUCCUCUUGAACCAGAUCUGGUCCGACUGAUGGCGACGUCACGUGACUAUGACGAGUUGCUCAAAGUCUGGCGGGGUUGGCGUGACGUGUCCGGGAAACUGAUGAAGGACGACUACGCCGAGUUUGUUACCCUUAGCAACGAGGCCAUCAACAUGAGUGGAUAUCGAGACACGGGCGAGUACUGGAAGUCCCUGUACGAGAGCAACUCGUUUGCCAAUGACGUCGAGCAGCUGUUUCUACAGAUGGAGCCGUUCUACCAACAGCUGCACGCGUACACCAAGAGCAAGCUGAAGGAAGUGUACGGCGCGGACAAGUUCCCGCCUACCGGUCACAUCCCCGCCCACAUCCUAGGUAACAUGUGGGCACAGACUUGGAGUAACUUACAGGACAUCCUGGAGCCGUUUCCGGGCAAGGGCAGCAUGGACGUCACAGACGAACUCGUUAAACAGGUCACCCACUUAGACGAGCACGUUACACGUUAUUAUAAUUUAUAAUAUACUUAUUUUACAUUAUCAGGGCCAAAUUUCGUAACAAUAUCAAUAUCAUUGAUCUCUAGAACUACAUCUAAUAAUGUUAAUAUUACUGCUAUCUGAAACUACCCUGUUAAAAAUGUCUAUACUGAUCUCUAGAACUACCCUAUUAACAAUGUCUAUAUUACGUAUCUCUAGAAUUACAGUAAACAAUGUCAAUAUCAUUGAUCUCUAUAACUACAGUAAACAAUGUCAUUGUUACUGUAUAACUACAGUGUAUUAACAAUGUCAUUGUU